ACCGCACGCAGCAGUAUGAAGUCUUUUUUGAUCAAAGAAUUGAAGUAGCAUGAAGUCGAGAUUCCCAUCAAUUAUAUAUACUACCAGCUAGUCCUUUCAUUUGAGCUCAAAAUCAAACUACACUCAUUAGUCAUUACAUAUAUCAUCACCAACAUCAAAAGCUGCUGUAUAUUUCAAGAUAAGCGGUUGCUGCAUCAUGAAUAGCCCAACAGAUGAUCAAGAGAGGGGAGUACAGUUCGCGGCAAAGAGAAGAAAACACACGAACCCAGAAGCUUCCAGAGCUUCAAGGCGACGAUUCUGCAGCAGCAAGAACGAAGGAGGAGGAGGAGGAGUGUCGACGACGCUGAAGCUGUACGAAGAUCCGUGGAAGAUCAAGAAGAUCCUGACCGAAAGCGAUCUGGGAAUCUCGAGCCGUCUGUUGCUGGCCACGGAUUUGGUGAGGAGCCAGAUCCUUCCUAUGCUGGGCCUCGAUCAUGCAAUAGCCGCCGACUCCGACGAAGGUACCUCCGUUAGGGUUUGGGACUUGGAUUCCAAAUCCAUGCACCACCUCGUCCUCAAGCGAUGGCCUUCCUCCAAGAGCUAUGUUUUCAUAGGCAAGUGGAACCAAGAUUUCGUCAGAAGGAGGGAGCUCAAGAAAGGGGACGAGAUUGGGUUCCAGUGGGAUCCUUAUAACUCGUUUUUCAAUUUCUGUGUUCUUAAACGGGCUUGAAACUCUACUCCAUAUAUACAUACAUAUAUUGUCUGCAUAUUAUCUCUCAGUUUCUGUGACUUUAUGCUCAAUUCCUCAAUCUCAUGCCUACGUUAUUGUUACAUACAAUAACAGUGGUGUUGCAAUAAGUUGAUCCUCAGAUAUGUGUAAUUCAGAACUAUGAUAAUAUAAGUUCAUAGUGUAGUUUCUGUU